AUGCCUAGGCCAGUUCGCAAACCUCUAGGCAAGCCAAGGAGGAGACCUAGCACUGAGAAGCUUCGUUAUGCAGCCCCAGCCAAUCCCCAUGCCGGACCUUUUCCCCCCGAGCCCGAAGAUAUAGACCAUGAUACAGAACCGUAUCAUUCGGAGCUCGAGACCAUACCUGAACUCAACCUAACCCAUAUUUGGGAACAGGUCAUGCGAGCACGCAGCCCGCUCGACUUGGGAGAUCAAGAGCUUCGCUCCGAAGGCUCUCGUUCACACAGCACACAUACCUCAAAGACGCCAUUGGAUUCGUUGGAGCUUGGAGGAAGUGACUCGAUGAGUCGGCGGAUGUGGACAACGUGGAAUACGACCCUGCGACAUAUGGAUUACCGCCCGAAUCGUUCAUUCGGGAGCAAUUGUUGGUCAAGGUUGCUAAACUGGCUCGAACAACUAUUGGCCCGGAUGAUCUAG